AUGGCCGACGACAGCUACGCGCGAGACGAGGAGAAUUUUGAGGAGGAAGAGGUUGACGAGACGAGCUUUCGAGCUGUCAAGGAUGCGGUGCUCUUUGCGAUUGAUGUCAGCAGCUCGAUGCUUGAGCCCCGUCUCUCCGGGGAUACCAAGAAACCCGGCCAGGAAUCACCUACAUCUGCCGCCCUCAAAUGCGCGUACCAUUUGAUGCAGCAGCGUAUCAUAUCAAAUCCCCGUGACAUGAUCGGAGUCUUGCUCUAUGGCACCGAAUCUUCCAAGUUCUAUGACGAAGAUGGAGAUCGUGGGAGCGAUGUUUCAUACCCGCAUUGUCACCUCUUUACCGAUCUCGACAUCCCAUCGGCUGAGGAAGUCAAGGAGCUGCGAGCCUUGGCAGAGGAUGAGGAGGAGGCUCAGAAGAUCCUGAUCCCAUCGGAGGAGCGAGUUUCAAUGGCGAAUGUGCUAUUUUGUGCCAAUCAGAUCUUCACUUCCAAAGCACCAAACUUCCUCUCAAGACGCCUUUUCAUCGUCACUGAUGAUGAUAACCCUCACGGAGACAAUAAGUCUUUGAGAUCUGCGGCCACUGUUCGCGCAAGAGAUUUGUACGAUCUGGGUGUGAACAUUGAACUAUUCCCAAUUUCUCGUCCCGACCACGAAUUUGACACCUCCAAAUUUUACGAUGAUAUCAUCUACAAAACCUCUCCCAGUAACGGGGAAGCCCCUGCCUAUCUGCAACCAGACACAAACACUGCAACGGCCAAAGGAGACGGUAUCUCAUUGCUCAACUCUCUUCUGUCGAGCAUCAAUUCCAGAUCCGUGCCGAGACGCUCGCUCUUCUCAAAUGUUCCUUUGGAAAUUGGACCCAACUUUAAGAUAUCUGUCAAUGGCUAUCUAUUGCUCAAGCGACAGGAGCCGGCACGGAGUUGCUAUGUCUGGCUCGGUGGAGAGACCCCCCAGAUUGCUAAGGGCAUCACUACCUUGAUGGCCGAUGACACAGCCCAAAGGGUGGAAAAGUCGGAAAUCCGCAAAGCUUAUAAAUUCGGAGGUGAACAGGUCACGUUUACCCCCGAAGAAUUGCAAGCAUUGAGACACUUUGGGGACCCCGUGAUCCGCGUCAUCGGGUUCAAGCCCUUGUCUGCCCUGCCUAUUUGGGCCAAUGUCAAGCAUCCAUCGUUCAUCUAUCCCUCCGAAGAAGAUUACGUCGGCUCCACGCGCGUCUUUUCGGCAUUGCAGCAAAAGCUUCUCAAGGACAAGAAAAUGGCCCUGGUCUGGUUCAUCCCCCGCAAGAAUGCUGCACCGGUGGUAGCGGCAAUGAUUGCUGGAGAGGAGAGAAUUGAUGAGAAUGGUGUUCAGAAGGUUCCACCGGGCAUGUGGAUAAUUCCUCUUCCAUUCGCAGAUGAUGUGCGACAGAACCCAGAGUCCACUUUGGCCGUGUCCCCGGACCCUCUAACCGAUGCAAUGCGCGAAAUCAUUGGACAAUUGCAGCUUCCAAAGGGUGCUUACGAGCCUCAAAAGUAUCCAAAUCCAGCGCUUCAAUGGCAUUACCGCAUCUUACAGGCCCUAGCUCUCGACGAAGACCAUCCGGGAGAGCCGGAAGACAAGACGAAGCCGAAGUACCGGCAAAUCGACAAGCGUGCUGGUGAUUAUGUUCUUGCAUGGUCGGAUCAACUUGAUGCCGCUUUCGACAAGAUGUUUGGGGGCACCGCCGCUACAACAUCGACGUUGGUCAAGAGGGGUCCAAAGGACAGCGCAGACAGCGCAGGCGGACCCCCAGCAAAGCGAGUGAAGACCGAAGGUGGUGCUGGGGGCAUCGACGAGGAAGUCAAACGAUGCUAUGAGAAGGGGACGGUAUCGAAGCUCACUGUGGCUGUUCUCAAAGAGUUCCUGACUGCUCAGGGCCGGUCGUCGGCCGGGAGGAAGGCCGACCUGGUUGACCGAGUGGAGCAAUUCUUUGAAAACAAGUAA